AUGAGUGUGCCUGGACACCACCUGCUGCCUAGGAGACAGGACCAGCGUCUGGUCUGGGUUCCAGGAACCUGGCGCCGCGUGGGUGAGGUAAUCAGGAGGUUACAGUCCAGGGGCUCGCCCUGGGGACCUGUGGGGAGCAAGCAUGGCCAGGCCACAGAGGACUGUUGCUUCCGCCCCAGCUUCCCCAUCCCUGGGCUCAUCUUUCUUUGCCCUGAAUGCCUGCUGUCUCCGGCAGGCUGUUUUGCAUGUGCCCUCCCCCAGGGGGCGCUGCUGUGUGCCACCCCCUUCCUGCGAGGAAAGGCCCUCCUUUGGGCCGCUGGCAGGGCUGAGCUUGGGGUGGGGAGGAGUGAGGGGCCUGUGUGUGAAGGCCGCUGCUCUCCAUGCCUUCGCCUCAGCAGACUGCUUUGGCUGCUCUUUUUAUGUGGGUAUUUAUUACAAGUGGCCUUGUGUCAGACACACUCAGUUACACGCGUGCACACUCGGCUCCCCACCUGGACACACUCACCAGUGGCCUUUCAGAGUGUGGAGGUGGGGGAGCCAGUGAUCCUGGGUGUGAAGUUUGCAAUGACAGGCUGGGGCGGGGUGGGGGUGGUGGAGGCCCCAUGGUUCACAGAGGAGGCCGACAAAGGUCUUGGGUAG